CGCACCAUAGAGCGGCGGAGAGAGAGGCUGCUCCCGUCCCCCACCGGCUCCAGAGAGAGGGGGCGGGGCCUGGCGGUCGCCAUGGCGGCGGGGCCUGUGCGGCUCAGGCUGCUCCCGGGCGGCCCCGCCGGUGCCGGACCCCGGAGCCCCCCGUGGAACCAGGCCCGAGCGCCGCAUCCCCGCCCUCCCCCUCGCCGGUUCCCCCGGGGGAUGUCAAAGCCUCCCGGGCUGGGUCUGCCCCGCCGCCCGGCACCGGGCGCGCUCCCUCCGAGAAUCCCCGCGGCUGGGUCCCCUCUCCGCUCCCCGCCCGGGCUGCCCGGCCUCUCCCGGUGCCCGGCCCGUGGCACCAUCUAGUGGCACCGCGUGGCCCGGCCGGACCAAGGGAAGCCUCGGGGCGCGGGUCAGCCCCGGCCGGCCCCGCCGGUUCUCCCGGCCCCGAGGGCCAGAUGUGUCACGGGCAGGGGCAGCCCCGGCCGGGAGCCAGCCCGGCGCUCAGGCCCGGCCCGCGGCGCCGCCGGGGAUGGAGCCGGCAGCCCCGGUGAUGCUGCUGGGCGGCGUGGUCCCGUCCCCCCGCCCCAGGUGCUCCCGGCCGCGGUCCUGCGCGGGAGAGCAGCCGGUGGCCCCGCAGUGGCUGGGAAGGCGGCAGCCGGCGGGACGGGAGCUGCUCCGUCCUUCCCCCGGGGCUGGCAGGGAGCUUCGGCCAGAAGGAGCCCCCUGACGCGGAUCUGAGGAGCUCCGGGGAAGCGGCUGCUCCAUGGCUCCGGCCCCGGGGUGGUGGCUGGUGACCGGGGGUUUCAGGAGGAACUGGUCCCCCCACGCCGCCGCGUUGCCGGGCCGUGACCUCCUGUGGCAUCAGCACCGACCCUGGCUGGGAGCGGCAGCCGGGACCGAGAGCCGAGGCGUGGAGCUGGUUUCUGUCACCACAGGACAGCGACCCCGCAGGAGGAGGAAUGAGAGGGGUCUGGUCCCCAGGCAGCGUCUGGCCCACAAAGGGUUACGCAAGGCACCCUGGAGUGACACCACUGCCACCAGCCCGGGAGCUCAGCUCCUUCCUGGUCCGAUACCUAUCGGAGGCUCGCCUGAAGCGGGGCUGAGGAAGGGGCCAGCGGCUGCGAAGAGGAGCCGGAGCCGGUCUGCACCCCCGGCUGCUGGGCAGGGGCCGCCGCGCCUGCCGGCUGCCACCGCCGCCUCCCCGCGCUUGCGCUGGCGGGUGCCCACCAUGGAGGAGAUGCUGAUCUGGGAGCAGCACACGGUGACGCUGAGCAAGGACCCGCACCGGGGCUUUGGCUUCGCCGUCUCCGGCGGCCGGGACCGUCCCAACAGGGUGACCGGGGACACGGCGGUGAUCGUUUCGGACGUGGUGGCCGGGGGACCGGCCAUGGGACGGCUCCAGAAGAAGGAUCACAUCGUGAUGGUGAAUGGCCUUUCCAUGGAGAAUGUCUCGUCCUCCUUUGCCAUCCAGACACUGAAAACCUGUGGCAAGAUUGCCAACAUCACGCUGAAAAGACCAAAGAAGGUCCAUGUCCCCGUGAGCAAGAGCAGCCCCGGGUCCCCCACCGUGCCCCAGCGCUAUGACUCGGACGAGGACGGUGCGCAGCCGGCCCUGCACCGCUCCCGGGAUGACCUGGACCACAGCCGGGGCUACGACGGGGACUCAUCCAGCGAGAGAAGCUCUGGCCACCACCGGGAUGACCACCGCCACCACAAGGCAGUGUCCCGGAGCCGGAGGCGAAGCCAGGACAGCAGCCACUGGAGGCAGAGCCCUGGCAGUGGCUCUGAUCACAGGGGCUACAGCCGCCACCGCUCCACCAAUGGCUUCAGCCACGACGAGGACACCAAUGGGCUGGCCCUGGUGUCGGGCUUCAAGCGGUUGCCACGCCAGGAUGUGCUGAUGAAGCCCAUCACAUCAGUCCUGGUGAAGCAGAAGCAGAAUGAAGAGUAUGGCCUGAAGCUGGGGAGUCAGCUCUUCAUCAAGCACAUAGUGGAGAGCGGGCUGGCGGCGAAGGGCAGCUCUUUGCAGGAGGGAGACCUCAUCCUGAAGAUCAACGGGGUGGCCAGCGAGGACAUGUCCCUGGCUGAAACCCAGCAGCUCAUCGAGCGGACAGAGGGAGUCCUGACCCUGCUUGUGCUCCGGGACCACCGGCAGUUCCUGGUCAACAUCCCUGACGUAGAAGAAAGCCAGAGUGACAGUUCCCGGAUGGAUGACAUCUCUGACAUCGACUCUGAACUGUCCCAUCCACCAUCCCCUGAGACCUCCCCACGACUUCCAGCUGCUGCCAGGAUGAAUUCACCACCGGAGAGGAGACGAUUGACCAGGGACCCUGUGGCUGACACAGCCAUGGACGAAGCUCGGGGCCCUGACCUACUGGAAGCUGUGGAGGGGGGUGGCCACCAAGGACCCCACGCCAGCCCCACCGCCCGAGCUGCCCGCAAGGAUGGGUACAGCGCCGACUCCAGGGUCGUGCAGUUUGUGAAGGCCAAGAGCGUGGGGCUGCGGCUGGCCGGGGGGAACGACGUGGGCAUCUUCGUGUCGAGCGUGCAGGAGGGGAGCCCGGCCGACAGCCAGGGCGUGCGGGAAGGGGACCAGAUCCUGCAGGUGAAUGACACCAGCUUCCAGAACCUGACCCGUGAGGAGGCUGUGGAGUUCCUCAUGAAGCUGCCGCCGGGCGAGGACAUCACGCUGUGGACCCAGAGCAAGCAGGACAUUUACAGGAAGAUGAUCUCGUCCAACGUGGGUGACUCAUUCUACAUCCGGACGCACUUUGACUUCGAGAAGGACACGCCGUCGGGGCUCAGCUUUGUCCGCGGGGACGUGUUCCACGUGCUGGACACCAUGUACCGGGGCAGGCUGGGGAGCUGGCUGGCCGUGCGCAUGGGCAGGGACCUGCAGGAGCAGGACAAGGGCAUCAUCCCCAACCGGAGCAGGGCCGAGCAGAUCGCCAGCCUGGAGUCGGUGCUGAAAGCCACGUCUGGUGCCAACCCCUCUGGGGCACGGGCUGAGUUUUGGAAGCUGCGGGGCCUGCGAGGUGCCAAGAAGAUGCUGCGGAAGAGCCGGGAGGACCUGUCUGCCCUCACAAAGCAGGGCCACUACCCGCCGUAUGAGAGGGUGGUCCUGAAGGAAGCCAGCUUCAAGCGGCCGGUGGUGAUCCUGGGCCCCAUCGCAGACAUUGCCAUGCAGAAGCUGAGCACAGAGAUGCCCGAGCAGUUCGAGAUUGCCCCGAGCGUGGCCCGAGAUGGUGCUUCAUCCAAGGUCAUCAAGUUGGACGCGGUGCGGCAAAUCGCAGAAAAGAACAAGCAUGCCCUGUUGGACAUCACGCCCUCGGCUGUGGAGCGCCUCAACUACGUGCAGUACUACCCCGUGGUGGUGUUUUGUGAGCCUGAGAGCCGGCAAGGCAUCAAGGCCAUGCGGCAGUGGCUGGCGCCCGACUCUAGGAAGAGCUCCCGGCGCCUCUACGCCCAGGCCAACAAGAUGAAGAAGUACUGCAGCCACCUCUUCACUGCCACCGUCAGCCUCAGCGGCAGCAGCAACACCUGGUACCAGGCGAUCAAGGACAUCAUCAGGAUGCAGCAGAGCCAGCCCAUUUGGACGACGGCGGAGCAGGCAGACGUGGCGCUGGAGGACAGUCUGGACCUGCUGAACCCACCGAGCGCGGCGGCCUCGGGCUACCUGACCUGCGACAGCCGCGCCAACAGCGACUACGACACGGACGGCGAGACGGGCGCCUACACCGACGGCGAGGCGGAGGACGCCUACGACCAGCCCGGGCUGGCCCGCUCCUCUGAGCCAGUGCAGGUGUCACCGAGCCACGGUCUGAGCGAGCAGGCGACCGAGCAGCAGUGGCAGGGCCGGCAGAGCCAGCGCCACGACAACAUCAGGGAAUACGAGCACGAUGCUGUGAGGAAGAGGUUCACACGGGCCAGGGAUGACUCGGACCAGGACGAAGGCUACGAGUGGGGCCCAGCCACAGAUGUGUAGCAGCACUGCUGGCCCCCAUCCCACUGGGCAGCCGGCCACCUCG